GCCGCUGGUAGUUUCUCAUUCAAGAGUUCCUCAUGUGGAGCCGGCUGUCAUUCUCAACUAGAUCUUUCUUUUUUCGCUUUAUUCCUCCGUCUUUAAUCCCAAUCCGAAGAAAUCUGUUUACGGCGGGUUUUAAGAUGAGUAUGGAGAGAUGUGUAGUGCGGUGUGUGGAGUCCGACUCCAAACUGACCAUAUCAUUCAGUCUGAACGGCAGUAAUAAACACAUGCUGAGGGACAAAACUGAGCCUCUGGGAAAACUGCUGGACAGAAUAGCCAACAACAGCCUCAAAUCCACUGCUGGCAAAUCCAAAAAGCACAAACCAAGCAAAGAAAAACCCGAGAGUCAAGAAGCAGAAAAACCAGAAACCAGUCUAAGUGUAAACGGACAACCAGUUUCACCAGAAACUCUCAAUUCGGACGCCUGGCAGGAUGGAGCAGUGCUGCAAGUGGGCGAUUUAAAAUAUAAAGUGGAAAGAAAUCCUCCGACAUUUACUCAGUCGGAGCUGCCGUCUUCACUAAUGGCCGGAUUUCCCAUGUGUCCGAAAUUAGAGAUGGAGUUUGGAGAUCUGAAGGACUGCGAGUUCAGAUGGUAUAAAGAAAGCUCGGCUGAUGCAUAUAUAACAGGAGAUGCAGAAUGCUGGACAGAAGCUGGAUCAGAGCGUGUGUUUACACCGUCGAAUUUAGACAUUGGAUUAAGGCUGAUGUUGAAAUGCACGCCGGGGGACGGCUCUAAAUUUGGCGAACCCAAAAAACUGGUGUCUUCCAGCGCUGUAGAAGCCGGUCCGGGGAUGUGCACAUUUGAUAACAGGCAUAUUUACACACAGAAGCUCACUGAUGAGGGUUCAUUGAGGGUUGUGUCUUAUAACAUCCUAGCGGACGUUUACGCUCAAACGGAUCUUUCUAAAACUGUCUUGUACCCUUAUUGUGCGCCCUAUGCUCUACAAAUGGACUACAGACAGAAUCUGAUCAAGAAGGAGCUUUCGGGGUAUAACGCUGACAUCAUUUGCCUACAAGAGGUGGAUAAAAGUGUGUUUUUAGAUGUUUUAUGUCCUGCUUUGGAUGCCUUUGGGUUGGAUGGGGUUUUUAGGAUUAAGGAGAAGCAGCAUGAAGGGCUGGCCACGUAUUUUAGGAGGUCUAAGCUGAAGCUGGUGGAGCAGUAUGAUGUUAUGUUGAGCGAGGCUUUGACCACGGAUCCUAUACAUCAGGAACUGUGGGAAAAAGUGUCCUGCAGUCAAAGCUUGAAGGAGAAAAUUGAAAAGAGGUCGACGACUUUGCAGGUAACCAUCUUACAGUCGUUGUGUGACCCGUCGAGGAUAUUAUGUGUAGGAAACACACACCUGUACUGGCGCCCUGAAGGAGGAAACGUUCGUCUGGUCCAGAUAGCAGUGGCUCUGGAACACAUGAAGCAGGUGGUGACAAAGCAUCCCGGUGCCAGACUCAUAUUUUCAGGUGAUUUUAACAGCACUCCGUCCUCCGGCCUCUUCCAGCUACUUAGUCAGGGCUGCGUCCCGGAGGAUCAUGAGGACUGGGGCUCCGGGGGUCCAGAAGAGCAGAUCCGGCUAGGACUGACCAACCCGUUCCUGCUGUCCAGCGCAUGUGGAGUCCCGGACUUCACCAACUUCGUGGGAGGAUUUCAGGGGUGUCUGGAUUAUAUUUUUGUGGAGCCGCGGACGCUGCAGGUGGAGCAGGUCAUUCCUCUGCCCGGUCUGGAGGAGGUGAGCAACUGUGUGGCGCUGCCGAGCGUCUCGCACCCAUCCGAUCACAUCGCACUGGUGUGUGACCUCAAGUGGAUGACUGACAGCGAUUAACCACAAUAUUAAAUAAUCAGAUUUUCAUUGCAUUUGUAUGUGUCAUGUUAAUUCCUUCUCGCUUGUGCAAUGCAAUAUUUAUUUUACAUCACACAAUUUAACAAAUGCAACUACUGCACAUAUUAAAAGCUGAAUUUACAAUAAGUUAUAAAAUUUGCUAAAAUUAAGUUUUUCUUUCCACUUUUAAUAAAAGUAUAAAGGUAAAAGACAAGAAUCAAAACAAUAAAAGCAUAAAACGAACACCGCUUAAAUAGUUCUUCCACCACAUUACAUUGCGUCCCAUUUGAUAUACCAGUUUACAAAAACACACUCACUAAAAUUACACAUAUUUAGAGCCAUAAAAAUACAUAUUAUUUGAAUGUAUAUACAUUCAUACAUAGAAAGCAUUUUAAAUUGAGUCUAGUUUAAAUUUUCAACUUGCUUUUGUGAACAUGUUGAAAUAUGGGUGAAAUAACAUUUCAGGUUUUUUCUGUGUAAACAAUGUUUGUCAAAAUGAAGCAAGACUUAUUCUGUCCUGGAUAUGGAUGAGUAUGUUUGAAAUAGAAAUAAUAACUCUUUAAUCAUUUUCCGGUUUCACAUUUUUAUGUUGAGCAUGAAGAAGUUAAAUUGCAAAAAAAAAAAAAAACAUGAUUUAUGGAAAUGACCAAAACUGGAAGUUGUAAAUCAUGUUUUACAUUGAAUACUAAAGGAAAUAAACUCCAUUUCAGAAGUAUUUUAAAACCUUUGUAAAUGAACCCUAUAUAUAAAAUCACUUCUGUAUAUUUAUACUUAGGACAUCAAAUGGUCUCACCUUUGACAAAAUUAAUAUUUUUAUUCAUUUUUCAGUAGAUGUAGCCAAUAAUUCUAGUGCAUUCAAAACAAAACAGUUUUAUUAAACAGUUAUAUCUAUUAAAAUCAGAGUUUGGCCAUCUAACAUCUUUAGGAAUUUAAAUUCAAACAAGUUAUUGCAAAAAUAUAUAUAACCUGCAAAAUUUAAACUAAAUUUGAUAUAUAUUUUUUAUGUUUUUCUUGAUUUUUCAUGCCCCAACAUAUUAAUUUGUGUGUACUAGGGCUGUACAAUAUAUCGUUUCAGCAUCGAUAUCGCAGUGUGCCCGUCCGCAAUAGUCACGUCGCAGGAUCUGCAAUGUUGAGUUGGGAUUUUCCACAGUUGAAAUCAUACGUGAUUUGUGGAUUCACUGCAAAAUUUCACUAUAGUUAACCAACAUGUUUAUCAUGUGCAUUUGUUUUUAAGGUCUGUGAGCAUUUCAAGCCAGUUUAAAACAUUCAGGCAAGAAAUUAUAAAGCUUUUAACUUUUCAUUUGCAUCUGCCACUGUAUUUGUACAUGCUACCGAGUUGGUUUAUUUUCAUUCAUGCACAUGCAUUAAACUACAAAAUCAUGCCGAUCAAUCUAAAAGUAUGAAUCAUUUCCAAAUAGAGCCGUUCAUUUCAUCUGGUGAAAGUAUACUCAAUAUCGCAAUAUGUAUCGCAGAAAAAUAUAAUAUUGCAAGGUCAGUUUUUAUUUCAAUAUCGUGCAGCCUUGUGUACUAAUUUUUGGACUGUGAUCUUCAGGUUUUUUAAUUAGAUUAGUUCCAGCUUUGUCUUUGGCACUGACUAAUUUAAUGUAUAUGCAAAUAUAUUAUUGUAAAGCAUCCUAUAGUAAAUAUGAAUUUAAAAGAGAUAUCUGUGAAGGAUGAACUCAUGCAUCCUGAGCACUGUAGAUGUGUUUUUUUGACCAUUAAACACAUUUAUCAAAUCAUAAAAGUGAUGCAUUUCAGACAUUCGUUUCACACGUUUAUUCAUAAUAUUUUUAUACAAUUUAAAAAGGGAAACAGCUAAGAUUAUUCCUGGCACCUUCAAAAGCUGGGAAUAAAAAUAUCUUAAAACAUCUGAUCUGGUUUGUUUUCAAUCUAAAAGCUGAUAUGAAUCAGGCGAGUAAAGCGCAGCAUGUUUAAGGCAACAGUGAUGACUUACAUAAAAAGACUUGCUUAUUUACAACAUCAGACCAGUUCAAAAUAUAAUCUUGUGCAUGUUAGAACCAUUAAAACGAAUGCAUUUUAAUCUCUGUGCAAAUAUAAGCUCAAUGUUUUAUUAAAUGCAACUUCAUUUGCCUGGAUUCAAGGCAUGAUGGUUUGGAAUGAAAUUAAUGGAAUAAAUCAAGUUUGAAGUAUAAA